AUUCAAAAUGGCGAUCGACAGGACGACUGGUGGUAUUUUGUGAGGAACGAGAUUUAACAAAAAAAUUAAAGCGAGAUUUUUUACAAUGGACUUUGAAUUCGAAGUAGAUCCAAGAGGCUUGAAGGGGAAACCUGGAUCUGUGACUCUUUCAAAAGAUAAACAGAAUUUGAUCGGGAUUUCAAUUGGAGGUGGUGCUCCGCUCUGUCCUGUCCUUUACGUCGUACAAGUGUUCGACAAUACACCAGCGUCAAAGGACGGUAGUCUACAAGCCGGCGAUGAAAUUGUCGGAGUUAAUGGUAAAUCACUGCGAGGAAAGACAAAAGUAGAUGUUGCAAAGGCCAUUCAAGCCGUAAAGACGGAUGUUACUAUCAGUUAUGUUAAACUUCACGCUGACCCCAAACUGGGAAAAACGCUGGAUAUAGUUACGAAGAAAAUGAAACAUCGUGUUGUCGAACACAUGAGUUCAGGAACGGCUGAUGCGCUUGGCUUGAGUAGAGCCAUUCUUUGUAACGAUGGUUUAAUCAAAAAGUUAGAGGAGCUACAACAGAACAGUAAUUUAUAUAAAGGACUUUUUGAUCACACUAAACGAUAUCUUCAAAGUUUUUAUCAGUUGGCACAAACACACAAAGAACUUGGGAGUAUAUUUAGUUCCAUUGGCGUGAGAGAACUUCAACCUAAUGCCAAUGAAGCGUUCACAAUCUUCGCCACAGCCCACAGAUCCUUCGAGAAGAUUGGACAAGAAUUUUUAAAGAAAGUCAAACCAAUGUUAAGUGAUCUUAGCACAUACUUAACCAAGGCAAUUCCGGACACAAAGUUAACAAUCAAGAGAUAUGCUGAUGCAAAGUUUGAAUAUCUUUCAUAUUGUUUAAAAGUCAAGGAAUUAGAUGAUGAGGAAUAUGCUUAUGCAGCACUGCAUGAGGCACUUUAUCGUGUGGAGACUGGAAACUAUGACUACAGAGUUGUGUUGCGUUGUCGACAGUUGGCCCGGGAAAAGUUUGCUCGUCUUCGUUCAGAUGUUUUAGUGAAACUUGAGCUUUUGGACAAUAAACAUGUGCAAGACAUAGUAUUUCAAUUGCAACGUCUAGUACAAGCCAUGUCAAAAUAUCACCAAGAUUGUUUUCAACAACUAAAGCAGGCAGAUGUCUUUCCAAUUGAAGUAGAUCUUACCAGAGGUAUUUUGGGCAAUGCCUUACAAUGAUUUUUAAAUGGUAACAACUUGAAAUAAUACCCUUGGAUGGUACAUAAAUCUGCUCUAACUAUACAGAAAGGGAUAUAGGCAGCUAAACAGCUAUGCAUUUACUAUGUUAUAAUAUGAUGUCAGCAUUGUUGGUCUUUGUUGAUAAAAUUGGGAAAUAUUAAGACAGAUAGACAGACAACUAUGUAAGGUGUAAUAUAUUUAUGUUAGAAGUAGUUGCUCGUAAACCAAUAAUUACUCAUCCAAGAAAGAGAGGGAAAUUUAACAUCUACAAAUUUAUCAUUAAAAUGCAAUUCAAGGUUGGCGAA